CGACAACGUGGCGGAACCUGUUGCCGUUGAAGGGUUGGAGUAUGCCCGCUGCGGUGACCACUGUAGCAGUGACCGUGAUUGUCGAGAUAGGGAUGAUAGGGAUCAUAGGCGAUGUCGAUACUGCCACCGUCGUCGGGGAGAACGCCGGGGCACUUGCCGGGAGAAUGAUGACCAUUGAUAGAGUAGGAAGAGACUAUGUGGGGGAGGUAGGCUAGCGGACACUGAAGGAUGGUUGGUAUGACGAAGAAACACAAUUUCUAUUGAUUUUUGUCUGGGACGAAGGCGAAUAUGCUCUUAUGUUGGUUGUGUUCAGCAGUGGUUCUGCACUGUCGAAGACGUUGUGUGGACUGGUUCUGGGAGUGACCAAGAUGGUCAGGGGAGGCUAACG